AUGACACGGCGCCCGUCCGCGACACCAAGUGCGGCGCCGCCACCGCCGACGAUCUGCAGCUGGGGCGGCGCCACCCACGCGUACAACUACAACCUCACCACGGUGCUGCCGGGGCCGCGCCAGUGCUUUCCGAAUGUCUACGGCGUUGGCGCGCCGCUCGAGUUUCCGUACCCGCGCAGCAGCUACCACUACGAUCUCGACCCGCCGGUCGUCGGUCCGCGGAUCACGGCGCAGUGGUCGAGCCGACAAAUUAACUCGACGCUGCAAACGUUCGACUACGAGACGUUCGAGUCGAGUGGCGGCGACCUCCUGUACGAAGCGCUCCCGGACGCGCCGGGCGUCUACACCUACGCCGUGCAGGCGUUCGACUACAAGCAGAGCCAAGCGUCGCCGGUCUGCACAGCGUGCUUGGCCGUCACCGACUACGUGCGGCCGUACGCCGUCCUGCCGCGCGACGGUCUCUGCGGCGCGACGAUGACGCGCAACUACUCGGUCGACGCGCUCCACGCCGCCGACGACCAAGUGCAUCGGCUGCUCGCGUUUCGGCGCACGGCCGCCAACAACGACGCGUGCAGCGGCCGCCGGUGUGACACGGUGCGCGUCAUACAAACGAGCUUCCUGAGCGCGUUCCCGACGUCCGUGCUCGAUGGCGCCGCGACGGCCGUGGACGCGACCCCCGACGGGUGGCUCGGGUGCCUCCGCGCGCCGCUCUCGGACCGCGAACGCCAGCGGCUCACGACUCCACUCGCCUUCGUGACCGACGCCCGCGUGUGCCAGCGCACGUGCAGCUACUUUGUCAGCCUCCAAGAGCUCUACACGCCGUUCACGUGCAACGCCAAGGUGGCGCCAACGCCCGUUUGCGCCGGCGACGCGUUCGAGACCUGCAGCGUCACGCAGUCGCUCGUGCUGCCGAGCCACGACCUCGUGUCGAGCGCGACCGUCGCGCUCACGCCCAACGGACCGUACCUGGUCGACCCCGAGGUAGCGUUUCCGGGUGCCGGGUACCUUGGCCCGUCGGCGCGCCACGUGCAUUUAGUGCUUCCGUGCUACCCCUCGAAUGCGUCGUUCGCCACCUACUGUGAUGACGAGGUGCGCUGGCGCGUCAGCGACAUCUUUACCUUCUCGACGACCUUGGCGCCGUCGCAGCACUGGGAGUUUGACGCGGCGGCGCGUCUCGUCACGUGGUUCGUGCAGCAGGGCGACCGAUGGGUCGCAGUCGACGACUCGAAGGCGCUGACGUUUAGCAAGUUUCAGGACACGCUCACCUUUCGGGCCAUGACGGCGUGCGGCCAAGUGUCGACCGACGUGACGUGGACUGUCUACUCGCACCGCGCCGAAGCCAUCAGCAUUGACGCUUGGUGGAACAGCCUCUGGAGCUGCAGCGCCUGCAACGAACCCGGCGCCGACUUUGGUGUCUGCCGCUUCCGGCUGGACCCGACCAGUGCGCUCCACAAGGCGAUGCUGGAGCCGCCGCCUCCGACCAAGGCUCUUAUAACCAAAAAGCCCACGAGCGGCCAGCGACCGUCGACAUCCAAGCUCUGUCAGUACCGCUGUCCGAGCACGAAUCGCCAACAGACGUGUGUGCGCGGGUGUCUUGCGGGCGGCGCGUGCGACACGUCGGCUCUGCCGGGCGCGUGCGCCAAGCGCCGAGGCGCCGUGUGGUGCGGCGCCGACGGCAUGUCUGCCAACCUGCUUGAGGCGCCCACGUACUCUCUACUUGGUAUCGACUGCGCGUGGCAGUAUGCGAACGCGACGAUGGCCAACUGGAGCAUUCCCGUCGACGCGGCCAUGGACACGGCGUUUGCGAUCAAACUGCUUAACCGACCGACGACAACGAUUCGCGUCUUUUGCACCUUUCAGUUCCAGCCCCACACGGGCGAGCCGGUCGUCACCAAGACACGGUCGCUCAGCGUCGACAUGCAAAACUGCGACCGACCGCGCUUCGACUCGCACGCGCUAUCGUUCGUCAAGGACAACUGCGACGCGUCGUGGGCAUUGGAUCAACGCCGGGAGCCAGCGCCGGCGCAGGCGUGCGGCGGCCAUCUCUUCUCUUGA